AUGAUCUUAACGGCAGACCCCCUCAUCCCUGAGGAGACACUUGCUGUCUCCUCAGCAGCAGCAGCAGCAGCUGCUGCUGCUAACCGUCAGCAGCAGCCCUCUAGACCUUGUGGCUUCGUUUCAACUUCAACGCCAGCAGCAGCAGUUGCUGCUGCAGCUCCUGCUGCUGCUGCUGCUGUGCAGCAGCAGCAGCAGCAGCUAGCAGCAAAUGGAGGCAGUAUAGAGUCCCUUAGGGAGCAUGCAAUGUCUGUCUCCUUGGGGAUCGCCCGAUCCAUUCGUGCAGAAAUGGCAGCAAGUGACGAGCAGCAGCAGCAGCAGCAGCAGGGUGCAGCAGCAGCAGAGUCUCCUCUUAGUGGGGGCCCCCCAGGGGGGCCCCCACAGACAGGGUUCUUUAGCAGCUGGAAGCAGCAGGACAGUACCCCCUGCGACAGCAGCAGCAGCAGCAGCCACCAUAACCACGAUCCUGCAGCAGCAGCAGCAGCAGCAGCAGGAGGAAGCAGCUGCAGCACAGGUGUUCGUUGGCUCUGUGCUGCGCUGCAGCAAGGAGACACUAGAGCAGCAGCAGCAGCAGCAAUUCUUGCUGAUGAACCAGGAAUGGUAUUGAUGGCGUUGUCCUUGGGUUAUCAAUUGGGGGCCUUUAGGGCCCCCUCUCUUAUAGUUGUAUCUGGGGGCCCCUGUGACGACUGCAGCAGCAGCAGCAGCAGCAGCAGCAGCAGCAGCAGCAGCAGCAGCAACAGCAACAGCAGCAGCAGCAGCAGCAGCAGCAAGACAGCUGAUUUGCUGCAGAUGAGGAGAUGGGUACAGCUAGCCAAGGAGUGGGCCCCUUGUCUUAAGGUAAGGCCUCUGCUGUCUCCUUAUGAUGCAGAAGCAGCGCUGCUGCUGCCCAACAUGCAAGGAGACGCAGCAGCAGCAGCAGCAGCAGCAGCAGCAGCAGCAACAGAUGCAACAGGAACAGAGGCAGCAACAACAGGUCUUACAGCAGCAGCAGCAGCAGGACCUAGUUGCCAUUACUUGCAUGCAUCUGCUGCUAGCGAGAUGGACCAUGCUUCUUCUUCAUCUGCAGCAGCAGCAGCAGCAGCAGAUCCAGCAGCAGCAGCAGCAGGAUGUAAGGGUCUCCUUUAUAUAACAACAUUUGCUCGCCUGCUAGGAGGGGGAGUGUCUCCUUUGCUGCAGCAGCUGCAGCAGCAGCACCCCUCAUUGUCUCUUUUAAUUAUUGACUCAAGGUGCAGCCGUCAGUGUGCCUGGCAGCAGCUGCGGCAGCAGCAGCAGCAGCAGCAGCAGGAGCAGCAGCAGGAACAGGAGCAGCAGCAGCAGCAGCAGCAGCAGCAGCAGGAAGGAGACUCUCGCUGCUGCAGUGCGCUGUAUUCUGCUGCUUCUGUUACUUAUGCAGCAAUAGCAGCAGCAGACAGGUGCUGGGGACACCAGCAAAAGGAGACAACUGCAGCAGCAGCAGCAGCAGCAACAGCAGCAGCAGCAGCAGCAACAGCAGCAAAGAAGAACAAAAGGAGACAGUUAACAGAGACUGUCUCCUCAGAGGAGACACCUAAGACAUAUCUAAAGAAGCUCAUUCUUACAGAUUAUAGUGUAUAUAAUAAUUAUUCUUCUUUGCGGCUGCUGCUGCCGCAUUUGCUGCCAGCAAUCUUUGCUGCUCCUGCUGCAGUAGAUGCACUUGCCUUAUACCAACAACCAGCAGCAGCAGCUGCUGCAGCAGCAGAAGCACCAACAGCAGCAGCAGCAGCAGCAACAACAGCAGCAGCAGGAGCUCUAUGGUUUGCUCGCCGCUGCUGCUUCCCUCUUAUAUUAAGGAGACAGAGGCAGCAAUUGCUGCUGCAGGAGUUGCCGCCGCUGCAGCGGCAGCUGCAUCUGCUGCAGUUGUCUCCUUACCAGCAGCAGCAAUAUUUACGUAUAGAGGCAGCAUGCGCUGAGGGUCUCCUUGCUGCAGCAACUAGUACUACUACUGCAGCAGCAGCAGGAGCAGCAGCAGCAGCAGCAGCAGAUACACUAGGAGCAGCAAAGAAGAAUGUAGAGACAAUUACUGCUGCUGCUGUUGAUGCCAUGAGACUUGCAUGCGUACACCCCACACUAGUAGCCACCUACAGCAGCAGCAGCAGCAGCAGCAGCAGCAGCAGCAGCAGCAGCAGCAGCAGCAGCAGCAAUGAAGAUAAUGGAGACAAAGUUGUGCUAGUAGAAGGGGAGCCUCCCCUUGUAUGUCCUGCCCUUAUUGAGGGUUCAACAAACUGUCUCCAAACAGCAGCAACAGCAGCAGCAGCAGCAUCAUCAGCAGCAGCAGCAGCAGCAGGAGAAAGGAGACAGUAA